AUGUUUUCCCGAGCCGCAAAAUCAGUUGUAAAAUCCGUUGGAUCAUGCCGAAUUCAUAUUGGUGAAAAGAAUUUCAAGAUUGCUCUAAUUGGCGACGCUAGAGAAAUCAGUCAAACUCUAUCUCAGUUAUUAAGAAAUAACGUGAAACUGAAUGCUUUUGCGUUAUACGAUGUGGCAGCUAUCAACAGGCCUUUGCCUUUUUACAAUUUCUAUGAUGAACAGCCAUCCAAACCUAUUCCAUCAGAAAUGCCAACAAUGAGGAAGAAAUCCUAUUUGGAGAAAGGCAAUCAUUCAAAUGCAGUAAUUAACAGCACGAGACAAACAGACAAUAAUCAAGGAAAUAAUGGAAGGAAUCAGACAGAGAAACUUGUGGAAGCUCUUUACCAUUUACCAAUAGCUGAAGAAGCUCCAGCAUUUAACGGUCCAUUGAUACCUAUUGAGGAAUUAAUGCCAAAGGCGGGUAACGCAUGCAGCAGGAUGUGUCUUUAUGCCAGAGUCCUGGGUGAGACGAGUUCCAGCAACAUGGAAACCUGGCAAAGAGAUUACGCCGUCCCGAUUCGCAAGUGGUUCUUCGACUUGACGUAUCCAUCGUUUCAGGAGUACGAUCUGAACUUCAUUCCAGAAGCGAAAAUCGCAAAGAAAGAUCGAUCGAUUAAGAAAACGAGAAAAAUCGAACAUUUAUCCUAUAGUGCAUUCGUUGCGAAAGAAAAUAAUCAUCAAUUGUUACCGACGUUUUUGUUGAAUCAUGGCGAAAAGCCAGCAAGAAGAUUGAUGAAGAAAUUUAGAAAUGAUAGUAUACUUCCAAAUAGAGAUGCACGUUGCAAAGGAACAGAGAAAUCGACCGAUUGGUCGAUAUCAGCAGUGCUAUUGAAUAAUAAAUUGAGGUUAUUACAUGAGAUCUACGGUCGCAUUAUAUUUCCUUUGUCUUCAUUAAAUUUUAUAAAUUACAAGCGUGAAAAUAAUCGCGAAGUAGGUUCAUUCAAUCGUGACAGCGAAACAACGGACGAUACGUUAAAUGUCGUUGAACAAGAAAAUUGGAUUCGACGAACAUGCUCUAAAAUCAAAUCCAUACUCCCAGACCUGCAGGCCAAAAUCCGAUUUCAUUCGACAACCGCAUCGGACUCGUAUUGUUCGGAAAAUAUUUUUGUGGUGAACCAAGUGAUUUCGUUUUCCGACAUAAUUUCCAAUGCGAUUCUUUUUACAUCAAGGGAUGAUGAAGCUGAUAAAUCGAGGGCUGGCAUUCGGAGGAAGAUAGAGGAAUUUUGUAUGCAGCGGAAAAAAACUCUUAAGAAAAAUAAAGAGAAUGAUAUGUGUAAGAAAAGAGAGAAGUUGUAUGAAAAAAGGGAUAGGGAAUGUCAAAAGAAAGAAAAGAAGACUGCUUGCACCGGGAAAAUAAAAUGGGCAGGCAAGAAACAAAAUGCAGUUUCCUGCAAUAAGAAAAAGAGUUCUUGUAAUGAAAAAUAUCCCCGCGAUUGCCAUAUACCUUGCGAGGCGGAGAUCCAAGAAGAUCCGUGUAAACCGAAAAAGGAUACUUGUAGAACAAAAGAAGAUCCUUGCGAACGAAAGGUGGAGAUCCGAGAAGAUCCAUGUAAACCGAAAAAGGAUAUUUGUAAAACAGAAGAAGAUCCUUGCGCUGGACCACAUUCCUUUAAGCAAGAACAAACUCCUUAUAAACUGCAUGACGCAAGUCCAUGUAGGUUAGAUGUUCCUAAAAUAAAAGAAGAUCCUUGCGCUGGACCACAUUCCACAAAGCAAGAACAAACUUGUUAUGAACUGCAUGACGCAAGUCCAUGUAGGUUAGAUAAGAAAAAAGAUAUCAAGAAGAAAGAAGAAAUAAAAAAACCUGAUUGUUCACAGAUUAAAUAUGUUGAUCCAUGUGAGAAGAAAACGUGUCCGCCUGUUAAAAAGCCACAACCAGAAAAUUUAACUGUGAAGAUUUCAAAAUCCGAAAUAAUAGCAGAAAGAAGAGAGAGUUCAUCGAUGACAUCUGCGGUAAAAAUAACGGGAAGUGGAAAACCGAUCGAGUCCAAUCGGAUCCAAACCAACAGAGAUUUUCUAUCGAUCAUCAAUUCAUGUCAACAGUUUACAGGAAUCAAUUUUGUCAAAGAUUUUCAGCAAGAUUUCAAUUCAACAGUCAAUCACAAGGAUUGCUCCGAUUUUUCUUUUCUACAUAAACAUUUUGUCGCUCAUCCUUGCUAUUGUAGCAAUCAAUCUGAUGAAUUUGAGGAAUCGAAGUUAUCGUACGAUGAUUAUUUCCCUCAAGGUGAAGAAUACGAAGACGAGAUUGGUAUAGAUGAGCAACAACUAGAUAAAAAAAUAAAAAAACCUAGUAAAGAACCGCCGAUUGUCGAUGAUGAGUACGACAAUUUUGAGCCGAUGCUAUUGUUUGAAAAUAAUAAAUAUGUCAAUGGAGGUCCAUUAACGAGGUUUAUCACACGCGUACAUUUUUCAAGUAUUGAAGAAUUAACAGAACCUGAUCGAAUAACGCUGAUGUCAGAAAAAGUUUCCAACAAGGACGCUAUCGAAAAAUUGGAAACUCUGAUCGAGAAAGAGGGAGGUGGGCCAAGAGCGCUGGUCGGGAUUACCGCGAGAUUAUUGAGGAAGUGCAGCAAAAUCCUUCACGAAUUAAUACGUAAAAACCAGCAGGCAGUUAGUGGCAGAGUACUGCGGCUAGGUGAGCCAGACUGUGGCGAAGAUUCGCCUGAUGAACCAAAAAAGAGUCCAUGCGGUCCACCCAAAGGCCCCUGUCAGCCCGUCGAACCACCGGGUUAUCCCUCCAAGCCAAAACCCAAAAAAAAGCCAUUCAGCGUUCAAUGCCCACCUAAGAAACCGUGCAAGAAAGAGAAAUGCUGA